AUGAGCGGCAUCAAGUCCGGCGGGCUGCCGAAAGCCAGCCAAGGUGGCUUUCCCCCCGGCAUUGCACCGAACAAUCAGUCCCUACUUUUGGACAAACUGAAUGUACGAAGAUCAACACCUGACUCUGAAGCGCUUGCCAGCUCAGACGACGAACCCGAACACCGCCAGGAAGCUUCUAAUACGCCCAUUCAGCAGCAGAAGCCCGUACGCCGCGCAUCCUGGUUGAACGACACUUCACAGCCAAGCAUUCCACAGGCUAGAAAAUCGUCCUUUGCAAGCAGCACCAUGUCUCCCACGGCUUCGCACCCAAGCACUCCGGCAGCUGAGACCAGCUCCAACACUUGGGGCACACAUCCGACGCAUACGGGUGCUAUGGGCCGCUCUCACCAAGCACCUUCUACCUUCGCUUGGGGUACUGGAAUCUGGAAUACCGAGCGAUCCAAAGAGCCUCCCUCCAGACUGACAGAGGUCCUGCAUUCGCCAACCUCGAUUGCACCUCCCGGUCUAAGCACCUCUGGCUCAUUUGGUGGAGAGGGCUCGUUCAUGCAAACAUCCCCAGGACCCAGGGAUGUCGGUCCAAACCCCCAAAUCCCCUUUGCCAUUCCGCUGCACCCCACACCCAAGACUUAUCGCUCCCAGUCGUACUCAGUUGGGCAGCUCGAGCCCGAUGCACCCAACCAGGGCUUACCACCGCCAGCCCCUCCAGCUAGCCGAGGCCGUCCAAUUGGUCCUUCAGGACUCCAGCACCGUCCUUCGCGACCAAGCAUGCUCAGUGAAAUGUCCAACGACGGAAUGCUGGGCAAGGUUCACGAAGUUGAUGAUGACGAUAAUCAGAGCUCCCACAGCUCGGGACAUGGCGCCCAGGCUCAGCAGACAGACCAGUCAAAGACUAUUGAGAUGUUGGCGCGCGAGAAUGCAAUGUUGCGACAGCAGCAGUAUCAAAACUCCCGCCUCCGCCCUCGAGCAUCAACCUCCUCCUAUGGUAUUGGAAAUGGCUACAAUAUGCGCGAUCCCGUGCCUGAGGAAUCAUCUGAUUAUGCCGUUGAUGAACUGGACGAGACUGGCAAUGGACAUGAGGCAACAGCCAAACGUGCCGCCCUGGGAAGACGUAUGAGCGAGUUUGGUGCAGGCGGUUUUGACCGUUCACCUCUACUGUAUCCUGUCGAGAACAGAAAGCUGGAGAAUGUUAAGAAGGCUUUUUGGACCAGUUCUCUGGGUUUCGGUGGCCUUGGCGAUAUUCCUCAGAGUCGACGACACUCCUUUGCAGACGUGCCUACUCGACAGGGCUCAAUCACUUCGAUCGGUGGUGAUGCGGCACCUUUGCAAGAGGUCAACUCACCCGAGACGGCACACCCGCAGGAUUUCAACGGCUACAGCGACAAUGUCGGCUUUGGCGUAAACAAUCACCUGUCUUACUUUACUGGCGGAGGCAGCAUUGGAGGCCCCCAUCAAGCAAUCGCUUCGUCCGCGUACGCUAAUCCCUACGCGUCGUACGGAAUUCCACCUGCCUUGGCUAAUCGCCCUCCGUCGCCGCACCGAGGCAUGUACGGCAUGGGCCAACCCCGCCACAACCAAUUGCUCCAUAUUGUUCUCUUCAAGUGUUCACGUGCAGACGUGUUCUAUAUCCAGGAGGGUACCGGUCUCACCGUCAAGCCUGGUGAUCUGGUCAUUGUCGAGGCUGACCGCGGUACCGAUCUCGGAACUGUCGACAAGAGCAAUGUCGAUUGGCAGACUGCAAAGGAAAUGAAAGAGCACUACGCUGAAGAGCAUUACAAGUGGCUCAUGAUGUACUCUCAAAACGCUGCGGCCGCCCAAGAAGGCUCUGGCGCUGGUUUGAUGGCAGCGGCCAACGGAUUGCAGGGCGGCGCCAUUGGAGGAAUGGGACCUCCAAGCCAGCAUCACCUACCGGAGCCCAAUGCCGGCGAGCUCAAGCCCAAGCUUAUCAAGCGGCUUGCCCAGCAACACGAGAUCCUGGGUCUCAGGGAUAAAGAGGGUAAUGAGGCCAAGGCUAAACGCGUCUGCAUGCAAAAGGUCAAGGAACACGGACUCAGCAUGGAGAUUCUGGACGCCGAAUUCCAAAUGGACUGGAAGAAAUUGACAUUUUACUAUUUCGCUGACGCUUACAUCAAUUUCAAUUCACUGGUCACUGAUCUUUUCAAGAUAUACAAGACCAGGAUCUGGAUGUCCGCCAUCAACCCGGCAUCCUUCGCCAGCCCAACUCUGGGCCUGCAAGCUCCAAGUGGCAUCGGACCCGGCGCCGUUGGCAUUGGACUAAGAGGCUCAAAUAAUGCAGCAGGCGGCACGGAAAGACGCCAAAACCAGCCUCAGGAUACUCAGUCUCCUUUUGGCGGCGCGGGUUCUGCCGUCGGUCGAUCGUUCCAACCUACUUUUGGACAGGGAUUCGGUGGCGAUCGCUCUGUUGUUUCUAGCAGCGCAUACCCGUCAAGUGGAUUUCCGCCAUCCGCUUACGGCGCAUUCGGCCUUGGCCCCCGCGCAGGUGGUGUGCCGUAUGUCACGGGCAUGAUUCCCGGUGUUGAAAGCUAUGGAGGUGGUUUCUCUCAGGGCACAGACUUUCGAGGCCGAUUCCCUAGCCCACACGAUACAUCUGCCUCAUCAGACUCCAACGUUCCGGCUAUAGCCGGUCAACACGACUGGGCGGGAGCAUUUCAGAGCCUGUCCCUGAAUUCCCGUUAA